AUGAGUAUUCAUGGUGGGGGGUCCGGGGGGGGGGGUUACCGAGCUGAUGCCCUGACAGAAAAUGGAGUCCUCCUGCCCUCUCUCCAGUCUGCUCUGCCAUUCUUGGACCUCCACGGCACUCCUAGGUUGGAAUUUCAUCAGUCUGUAUUUGAUGAGCUGAGGGAGAAACUGCUAGAGAGAGUUUCAGCCAUUGCCUCAGAAGGAAAAGUUGAGGAAAGAUACAAAAAGCUAGAGGAUCUGCUAGAAAAAUGUUUUUCCUUGGUCAAGAUGCCAUCUAUACAGCCUGUGGUGAUGUGUGUCAUGAAACACCUUCCCAAGGUCCCUGAAAAGAAACUGAAGUUAGUGAUGGCAGAUAAGGAUUUAUACAAAGCAUGUGCUGUGGAGGUGAAGCGCCAGAUCUGGCAGGAUAACCAAGCUCUGUUCGGUGAUGAGGUGUCCCCAUUGCUAAAACAGUACAUCCUGGAAAAAGAAAACACUCUCUUCAGUAGUGAUCUCUCUGUCUUGCACAACUUCUUCAGUCCCUCUCCAAAAACGAGACGUCAGGGAGAGGUGGUUCAGAAGCUGACUCAGAUGAUUGGGAAGAAUGUGAAGCUGUAUGACAUGGUGCUACAGUUCCUAAGAACCUUAUUCCUUCGGACCAGAAAUGUCCAUUACUGCACACUACGGGCAGAGCUCCUGAUGUCGCUGCAUGACCUGGACAUCAGUGAGAUCUGUACUGUUGAUCCCUGUCACAAGUUCACCUGGUGCCUAGACGCCUGCAUUCGGGAGAAGUUUGUGGACAACAAAAGAGCUCGGGAGCUGCAAGGGUUUCUGGAUGGUGUGAAGAAAGGACAAGAACAAGUAUUGGGGGAUUUAUCAAUGAUCUUGUGUGAUCCCUUUGCCAUUAAUACCUUAGCUCUGAGUACCAUACGUCAUCUGCAAGAGCUGAUUGGGCAAGACACUUUACCCAGGGAAAGCCCUGAUCUCUUGCUGCUGCUUAGGAUGCUGUCUCUGGGACAAGGCGCCUGGGACAUGAUCGACAGUCAAGUCUUCAGGGAGCCUAAAAUGGAACAUGAGUUGAUCACCAAGUUCUUGCCGAUGCUGAUGUCUUUUGUGGUGGAUGACUAUACAUUCAACGUAGAUCAGAAACUGCCAUCAGAAGAAAAAGGGCCAAUUCCUUACCCCAGCACCAUUCCUGAAACUUUCACCAAAUUCCUCCAGGAGCACAGAAUAGCCUGUGAGGUUGGGCUUUACUACAUACUUCACAUAACUAAACAGAGGAACAAGAAUGCUUUCCUCCGGCUCCUGCCCGCACUAGUCGAGACGUUCAGCGACCUGGCCUUCAGUGACAUUUUCCUGCAUCUGCUCACGGGUAACCUCACAUUGCUGGCUGAUGAGUUUGCACUGGAGGACUUCUGCACCAGUCUCUUUGAUGGCUUCUUCCUCACUGCCUGCUCAAGAAAAGAGAAUGUCCACAGACACAUGCUAAGAUUGCUACUUCACCUGCAUCACAAAGUGGCACCUACAAAAUUAGAGUCGCUCCAGAAAGCUUUGGAACCUACCAAGCAGAGCGGCGAUGCUGUGAAGGAGCUUUACAACCAGCUGAGCGAGAAACUGGAGCUUCGCAAACCCAGUCCAGCCCAGGUGGUUGAGACUCCAUCCAUGGAACUGACUUUACCCACCGUGCCCACCCCAGCCUCGCUCUGAGCCUUGUGAGCAGGGCUCUGAGAUGACAGAGAAACGAAUCUUGGGGCACUACCAAGUGAAGGCGUUUCAAUGCUCUGCUAAGUGUCUCUGGCUGCCGGGAGGAAACUAACCCAUAGCCAUUGAAGCUCUAACGGAAGCAGGUCAGACGUUGUGGGCUAGGAGGCUCUGUAGGCAGGGUAUUGCACAGGGUUCUGUUGCGUAAGGAGAGCCUGGCAGCUUUUUGUGACUACUCCGCUUGUAGGUUUUUUUCAAAAGACAAGUCUUAUUUUUAUAAGCUUUGUAUCUUCUUGUGUGUUUAGAUGUACAGUUUUCUAGGGCAGUAAAACCUGGCUUGUGUAAUCGGGCAGAGGGCAUCAACCCCUAAAGUCUGAGCAGUUU